AUGGUAGUAGAUGCUUUGUCUAGGCGAUGGGAAUAUAAAGGUCAGUGUCUUGCUAUGGGAACUACCUUAGCAAUCCCUAGCUGGGUGCAAGAAGUUAAAGACAGUUAUAAGGAGGACAAAAUGGUUAUUGACUGGAUUUCUAUACUGACUGUAAAUUCCAAUGUUGAUCCUAACUGGAAAUAUUCAAAGGGGAUCCUUAGAUUUAAGGACGAGGUCUAUAUUGGUUCUGCUGGCUCUCUUAGACUACAUAUUCUUCAAACCUUACACGAUUCACCUCAUGGAGGUCAUUCAGGAACCCAUGCCACUUUUCAGAGGAUUAGAUCUUAUUUCUAUUGGCCUAGGCUUAAAGUUAUGGUGGCAACUUAUGUAAGAUCUUGUGCAGUUUCUCAACAAACUAAAGUGGAGCAUAUAGCUAAACCAGGCCUGCUACAUCCCCUGUCUAUUCCUCAGCAAGCUUGGGAGGUAAUUACUAUAGACUUUAUUGAGGGUUUACCUAUAUCAUUAAAGAAAAAUUGUAUUUUGGUGGUAGUAGACAAGUUUACAAAAUACAACCAUUUUUUGGCAUUGUCCCACCCUUACUCUGCAGCUGAUGCAGCUAAACUAUAUUUGGCUAAUGUCUAUAAGCUUCAUGGCCAGCCUAAAAUAGCCAUUUCAGAUAGAGAUAAGGCAUUCACUAGCCUCUUUUGGAGAGAACUAAUAAAGCAAUUGGGAACUACAACCUUAUUCAGCAUUACUUACAAUUCUGAAAUUGAUGAACAAACAGAAAUGGUAAACAAGUGUCUCGAACACAUCAGUAAUUCGCCCAGAAUCUCCAACAUCUCCUCCCAACAAAAACCCGACUUUCUAUUUGACCCUGAUCUUCAUUCCCUUACAAGCUGCAAACUUUCUUUAUCAGAAACCAUAAAAACAAUCGACAAUUUUCGUGAAGCAAAAAACACCAACAUGUUAAGACUCCUUCUUUCGCUAUCUUCAAUAGCUUUCAUGUUCAUUCUCUUACUUGUCAUCUUCUUUUGCCGAAAGAGGGCAGCGAGAGAUGACCAGCUGGGCGACAUAGAAAGCAAAGAGCAGAAACAUGAUGGAGAUGAGUCAGAAAUGGAAGAUAUCAUCACUUUCAGCGGCGGAGAAGACCUCACCAUUUGUGACAUUCUCGAUGCUCUUGGUGAAGUGAUCGGGAAGUCCAGCUAUGGGACCUUAUAUAAGGCCUUGUUCCAGAGGAGCAGCACGGUCAGAUUGCUUCGGUUCUUGAGGCCCCUGUGUGCCUUGAAAGGUGAAGAAUUCUUCGAUGUGGUUCGGCUGUUGGGGUGCAUUAGACAUCCCAAUUUGGUGCCUCUGUUGGGAUUUUAUGCCGGGCCUAGAGGAGAGAAGCUUCUUGUUCAUCCUUUUUAUUGGCAAGGCAAUUUGGCUCAGUUAAUCAAAGAUGGUAAUGGGGAGUCUCGUAGAUGGGCAGUAAUUUACCAGAUUUCCAUUGGCAUGGCUAUGGGAUUAGAUCAUCUACAUACAGGGUUGCAAAAGCCAAUUGUCCAUGGAAAUCUCAAGUCUAAGAACGUGCUUUUGGAUCGAAAUUACCAGCCGUAUCUUUCCGAUUUCGGUAUAUACUUACUCUUGAAUUCUACUUCUGGUCAAGAAAUACUUGAAGCUUCAGCAGCGGAGGGCCAUAAAGCUCAUGAGCUCAUCAAAAUGAGGGAUGCAAGUCCGGAGACUGAUAUAUACAGUCUCGGGGUGAUCUUUCUCGAACUACUUUCGAGGAAGGAACCUAUAAACGAAAAGCUGACACCGGAUGAGGAUUUUUAUCUGCCAAACUUCAUGCGGAAUGCAGUUCUUGAUCAUAGAAUCAGUGAUCUGUACCAUCCUGACCUACUUCUGAGUAACAAUUAUGAUAAGGGAAAUCCAGUUUCUGAAGAAUCCAUUCUUAAGUUCUUUCAGCUUGCCAUGGCUUGUUGUUCUCCUUCUCCUUCUCUUAGACCGAAUAUCAGACAAGUACUCGUGAAGCUCGAAGAAAUCGGCAAGUAGGAACCAGUGCAUUUUGCAGAAGCACGGGGUCCGAGUUUCUAAAUUUACAUUCUGUUAAUCACCUUUGAUGGCCGGAGUAAUAAUGCUAACAAGGAUGAUAAUUGGUAAUCCCGGAAAUCAACAGUGAUCAUCUUUCAAGCAUCCGACGAGGAUCAUAGAAUUCCUGCUUGGUUUGUUGGAAAACCAGAUUUCCUUUUCAUCAAAUCAUCUCCAUGACGAAAUAAGAUCCGAUUCAGAGACACGAAGGCCACAUAAUGCAAAAGAUGUUUCAGCUUGUCGAAGUGCUGCUAAGACCAAGUGAAUACCGGAAUAAAGCUAGGCUAUGCUUAUUAGCUGCUAUAGGUGAUUUCUGGUCAUUCUUUGAGUACCAUUGCACAACAAG